AUGGCUGCUGCCAAUUUAUCAACAUAUUCCGAUUGCGUCUCGUCGCUUCGCACAUCUCUGAAGUUUCUCGAAUCAUCUGUAGAGACACUUGACAAUGGUGUCGCCGACUUUCCCCGUCUGGUCAACGUCCUAAAGACGGUCCGCCACUACGAACUCAUCCCCCAACCCACUCUAUCAGCAGCCGAGUCAUCCCUCCGAGACGAGAUAGGUCCUUAUAUCGCCCUAUUACUUGCCCGCGCAGAUUCCCAGAUUGAGCGCCAGGAACGUCGCAUCGAAACCCUCAAGGCCCGCGCAGAGCUUCAGCAGGGACGUUUAUCACGCCCAGAUGAUGACUAUGACGAAUACGGUGGCAAGUCUAAGAAACAGAGGACCGGUGGUCGUAAGCUCACGGCAGAAGAGAAGCUCCGCGCACGGGCAGUUCGCCAGCGCAAGGAAGCCUUACGCUAUGGCGUGGAGAGACUGGAGCUGGAGGCGCUACAAAAAGAGAGAGAGCUCAGGAAGCGAUUGGAAGGAUGA